AUGAAGCUAGCCCUACGCUUGGUGGGCACCGCCCUGCUCCUCGUGCCGCUCGCCGUUCGUGCCGAUCCGGGUGUGAUCGGGGUGCAGGAUGCGCGCAAGACGCGCACCCCUUCCAGUGGGCCGACGAGCUAUAACACGAUCGCGCCCGUGAUCGACGACAGUGAAACGUUGAGCAAGCUGCAGAAUCAGGUGGCACCGCCGACCGUGCAGAUUCCGCUUAAGCCCUCGACGGCGCAGGUACCGGAACCAUCGGUGUUCCACACGGUGGCCCCGCCCAGUCUGCCUUCGCCGUACCUUCGUCAACCGCCGCAAUCCGUGGCGCAGGGUCAGUAUUACGUGGCCAUGGUACCGCAGGCCGCCGGCAACCACAUGCUCGCUCCAGCCACCACUCCGCUGAUCAUGCAGUACAUCAACCCGCAAGGGCAGCCAACCGGCGGGCUGCAGUACAUCCAACUGCUGCGGCCAGUCGUCUACCCGUACGGUAACCAGUACCUGCAUCCGGGAUAUCUCCAGCCUCAGCAGCAACAGCAGCAGCAUCAGGCGGUCCACCUGAGUGCGUCGGGCGCGUCAUCGAGCCCGUACAAUGUAUCGCCAACUCCACCGCCGACGACAACCACCACCACCCAGGCCGGGUUCGUUCCGUUCCAACCGGCCAGCGUUCAACCGGGAUCCGCCUUCGCCCACUAUACGCCGUCGCCGUCCAUCCAUUACGGACAGCCGGCUCAGGCCGCGCCGUACAGCAGUGGCCCGGUGGGGCAGUACUCCAGCCCGGUGAUGACCUACUAUCCGCACCGAUUCUUGAUCAACCCAUCGUCGGAUCUGAACUUCAACACCAACGAGUACGUGCCGUCGCACGGCGAUGGGGCUUACCUGAAGGGGGUGAAGAGUAUCCGUGCCUAG